GCCCCACAGAACCCUCAUCAACAGAACCAGGCCUGCUCCAUAUCAACUGAUCUAGAUCCAGCACACCCCGGUCCAGCUUAGCUCACCGUGUCUCGUCCCUGCAAACCCAACUCAGCUCUGUUGGACAUGAAGUUCUCCCAAAUCCACUGUGCACUGGCCCUGCUGGGUCUGGCCCUGGCCAUUUGCAGCCAAGGAGCCGCCUCGCAGCCAGACCUGGACCUCCGCAGCCGCCGACUCCUUCAGAGGGCCCGUGCCGCUAGCAUUGCCACACAGGAGUGGAGUAAGCGAGUGAUGGAGGACAUUCUAUCCGAACUGUCCUUGCCUGAGGUGGAGGCCCAGAAAAGUGAGGGGUCCACAGCUGAGGCCAAAGAGGACCUGGAGCGCUCAGUGGACAACCUUCCCCCCCGCGAGCGCAAAGCUGGCUGCAAGAACUUCUACUGGAAGGGCUUCACUUCUUGCUAAGGGAAGAAAAGCCUGACCACCUUAUGACACAAUGCAUUCAAUCACAUCACACCGCCAACCUUCAUCUGACUAAUGUAGCCAAUCAGCAAUUAGCUGUGCCUGAUGACAAUUAUGAUUAUGAUGUACCUGUCUAAUUUAUGAAAUAAAGAGAAAUAAAGAGAAAAUAAUUUUAUUUCAGU